AUGACGGCGGAGCCCUACACCCGACGAGGCGCCCGCAGCCGCGUCGCCGCCGUCUCCUUGAAGUCCCCUUCCGACCGCCGAGGGCCGCCUCACGCCUGCGCCUGCGCAUCAGGCCACGCAGGCGCACUGCGCCGCCCAGCCGCGAGCCACGUGAGGCGGGACGCGCUGAGACUGCAGGAUCCCGACGGCUGGAAGCCUCAGGCCGGCACCACGGAGUACACAGGAAGCCAACACGUUGGGGAAUAUGUAGACGGGAGGAUGGAGGGUGAAGCUGAAUAUAUCCUUCCUACCAAAACGAAAUAUGUCGGGGAGAUGAAGGAUGGCAUGUUUCAUGGCCAAGGAACCCUGUACUUCCCCAGCGGGAGCCGCUAUGAUGCCAUUUGGGAAAAGGGACUGGUUGUGAAGGGCACAUACACAUUCUCAGAUGGGCUACAGUAUGAUGCGGAGCACUGGCAUUACUGUGACAGCUAUGAUAGGAGGUUUUACACUGAGAUCUGCUACGGCUUGAAGCCUGCAGGGAUCUCUCAACUCACCAACAUGGACCCACCUAGAAAGAUCCCUCAGGGCUGUUAUGACUGUGGAGAUGGCUUCUAUAACCCGACCACGAGGGUUGUCAAGGACUAUAGGAAUCGCUUUCUGAGAAACACAGAUGAUGACGAGCAUGAGUGGAUCAUCAGGACGUGUCGCAAGGGCUGGGACGAGAUUGUGGGUCACCGACCGAAGCUGUGAGCUUUGCUAUCACCUCCACCAGAGUUUUCUCUACACUGCUGGCAGCAGCUGGCCCUGAGGGCAGUCUAAACUUCCAGAUCCUGACUUUUAACUCAGGAAUAAAGUCUUUCUGCAGCUUUCAGUGGCCCCAAGUGUACUUUCCUGAGACAAUUUCUUAGGGGAUCCUCAUUUCACCAGCAUCAAAAUCACCUGAGCAAAAUUAUAAAUUAGAUUAUUUCUGGGCCCCACCUUAGACAUGCUAAUCAGAAUCUCUGGGAAUGGAGUCUAGCAGUGUGCAUUCCUGGCUGCCACUUCCUGAUACAUUUUUAUUUCCCAGGUGUUCCUCAACACCACCCCAAAAUCACAUGUCAGCAGAAAACCAGAAGAGAAGGGAUGACAUGUUCCAGGACAACACUUUGGCCACAGGCA